GACAUGUUUUACCUCAAAAUUACAAUUAUGUUGUUGAGUCAUUCAAAUCAAUACAGCCACUAAAUUUUUUGGGUGCAUUUUCUGAACCGUUUGAAGCAAAGUCACUAUGUAAGAAACAUGAGGUUGAACCAUUAAAGGAGUCAAAUAUCUUUUGUCUAAAUGAUAUCAUUGCCUCUA